AUGAGUGUCAAAUUUUUGACUUACUUUUGUUCACCUUAUACAGAUAUAAAUGAACCAGGUAGAGAACGCUUAGCGUUACAUGGUCUUUGGCCAACAUUUUCAACAAGUGGUAAUUAUCAAGAAUGUCUUAUUAAUCCUACAGAUAUUCUUUUACCAGAACAAGAACGUUUAAAACUAUUAGCAUCAGGAUAUUUAGGUCCAAGAAAUUUAUUUAUUAAUCAUGAAUGGACUAAGCAUGGUUCAUGUUGUUCAUUAAUAUUUCAACAUAAUGUUUCGUAUUAUUUGACUUUUAUGCUUGAUUUAGUUGAUAUGGCAACGCCACCAGGAAGUCUAACAUAUGAAUAUAUUCAACGUAAUGCUGGUGAGAAGGUUGGUCUUGAUUGUUUAGUCGAAUCUCUGAAUCAAACAGCAAGUAAUUCUAAUUCAGUUGUGUCUGCAUCGAGAUCAUCAUACGGGUUUAUCUACUCGUUUCGCCGCAUGCCCAACUGGCGCUCGUAA